AUGAAGCUCCUCGGCAUUCUAUCCAUAAUAUCAGCGGCGACUUCGCUUCGCCUGGAACCCAACUACACCUCAUCUGCAGGGGUAGAGAUCUUCAAUCCCUCAAUUAUGUUCCCACCUACUGGUCCAUGGAGUCUGAUGUCAAAGGCAGGAAGUACUGUUUACGUCGCCGGCAUGCGCGGCAUUUACCCAUCUAACAAUACCCUUGCUCCGGUGGGUAUUGACCGGAUCCGCCAAGCUUACGCCAACAUGAUCCAACUUGCCGAGCUUGCUGGCACUGAUCGGUUCUCAGCAACGGAGCUUUGGGGGAACGACCCCAAUAGACAACCCCCUCGGUCGAUCAUUGAAGUCCAGAGACUGAACGACGAUGAUAUUGUAGAGGUGGAAGGGACUUUCCUGGUUGCCUGA